CAAUUCUGAGAUUGACGGUUCUCUGUCUUCGGGUUCUUGUCCAAAUAAUUGCCUAGAAGAUACAUGUCUGAAUAGUGCACAGCCAUUGGAACGUGAAAAUGCUCUAUCAGCCAUUCCUGGAAUAGAUUUGGCCCCCACUCAAUCAGACAAGGGCAAAAGUGAUAAUGAUGCUGAAGCAACAGAUUACUGGUUGGAAUCCAUUAUAUUUGAAUUAUUGAAAGAUGAUUCUGAAAGUUGUCCUUGUAGUGAAUCCAUGGAGGAUCAAUCAUUGUCUUCCUCCUCACAUCUUAACAAUGCCAGCUUUGAUAGAGGGCUGGACUUUAAGGAGCAUUCACAGAUUUGUGCAGAAUGAAAGGGAAAAAGUGAAGAUAUUGAUUGUGUUAAAGAGGCUCAAGUAGCAUGUCCAUAUUCCCAAGGCCAAGAGAGUGAAGAAAUUAUGUCCAAUUCUAAAAUUUGCAGUUCCAGGUGUCCUGGUUCUCAUCCAAAUGAUUGCCAAGAGCUUUCAGUUUCAGAAUAUACAAAUACACUACUUCCGGAUGGUGCACAGGCAUUGGAACGUGGAAAUGCUCAAUCAGAAUAUAAUUACCAAGCAAGUUCUGGAUUUCACUUUGGUCUUGACUCACCACAGCUUGCUGCAGAACAGAUACAUGCUGAAGUCGGACCCCUUUCAACUAAACAGGAGCAAUAGUGAUAUGCAUGCUGAACUAGCACAACCAACAGAUGACCGCUUCUGGACUUCCCAUGAGUAUACAACAUGUAAAGAUGACGGGAAGUGUUUUACUCCUUGUGAAUCCAUGGAGCUUGAAUCAUUGUCUUCCUUUGGGUGGCAUUCACAGAUUCAAGAAAAUCAACGUCUUUAAUUUGAAUUCCAAACAGGCUUCAGUUGAGGGUUCUUCAUCUUUAUCAGAAUCAGCAUUUGAUGCGACUUCUAAAUUUCAUGAACAAGAAGUUAAUCACCUUGAACUAAUUGAUUCUGUUGACCCUCAGCAGAAAUGUCCAGAUUUAAGAAAUAAUAAUUCAAAGGAAAAUCACCUUCAGAGAUCGCUAUCAAAUGAAAAAGAUGGUUAUGUUCUUCCCCCAGAUUCAGAUGGUGACUCAAAGUUUGAGGGAAAAUUAAUCUACUCUUCUUCUAUAGGACAGCAUUUGUUUGAUGGAUUUUUAACAGAACAAGGUUCGAAGAAGAGGUCCAGUUCUGGGGGCAAUGGGGAAACAGUUGGGAAUGAAAAUGAGAUUGAUGUUUUGAGCAUUCCCUCUGAAGAUGUAUUGGCUAUCCAAGAUAUAACUGCUGCUGAAAACUAUAGUGACAGUGCCGGGGCAAAUCUUCUUCUGCGUUUUGAUAACAUACUGUGGUCAGCCUCCAGUGCCACAAAUUCGGUCAGCAGCAGCUUAGAGGAUGCAUCCCAGUUGAGCAGUAAAAUCAGUUCAUUGUUGAAAGGGGACAACAAAGAAUUGGACCAGAUGUUAAAGACUGGUUCAGGAAUGGAAUUUUCCGCAGAAAAAUUAAAGGACCAGCUGUUUCAGAAGCAUCUGAAAGAGAAGUUGCGUGUAUGGAUCUUACAGAAGGUUGCUGAAGGUGGUAAUGGCCCUUGCAUAUGGGAUGAGGAUGGACAAGGUGUUCUACAUUUGGCAGCUGCACUUGGCUAUGAUUGGGCUUUGGAGCCUAUUAUAGUUGCUGGUGUAAGUGUUGAUUUCUGUGAUGUGAAUAGAUGGACUGCACUUCACUGGGCAGCAUCUUGUGGCAGGUGAACACCUCCACAAUUCUUUUGAAUAUUUGUUUAAUGUGUACCAUUUCCUCUGUUUGUUUAUCUUUUCCCUUUUUGAGUAUUUUGCUUUUGUCCACAAGAGAAGAUCCAAAGAAGGCUCUAAAAUAAUGGCUCUAUAGGUUAGCAAAUACUCCAUAAUGAGGAAAAUAUAUCUUUCUUAACUUU